AUGCAACGACAACGAGACAAUGAGGCCACGGACCUGCACAAUGAUCUUGUUCGAAAGUACAAGAAGCAUGGCGCUAUCAUCAAUGAAAUCUGGAGAGAUUUUGGUGUAGGCCAGCGUGCGAAGUGUAUGAAGGCCGGAGCAAUGGAGGGUGUCUUGCUCAGACACUCGGGGGACACUACCCUGGGCGAUAACUACAAGAUCUUUCCCGAAUGGAAUUUGCGCAACUUGACUGAACGGCCCGAAAAUUUUCUGAGCAUGCUAGAGCACCGCAUCGAGAAAACGCCUAUGGAGCAGUACUGUUACGGGCUUAACGGUGGUAAGGGUGAUGCUGAUAUCAUUCAGGAGAGCAUGCGGACGCAAGGUCUACGUCCGCCUGCAUCUGAAAAGGACUGGUACAUGCUGUUUUCCGACGGAGCGGGACUUGUGCCACCAAGUGAUAUCGGCCAGCUGAUCUUAAAACGUCAAGUCACCUUGCUGCGGUCACUCAACAUCCUUAUUGACGAUAUCUUGGAUCAGGGCUCGAAGACGCGGAGUAACGCCCAGCGCCCUAAGAAGCCAGAGGAGAUAACCACUGCGGCAUUCUCAAAAUUGAGCAUCUCACAAUCCCCCGCCAAGCUUUCUCUAGCCGACCUCGUCAACGCUGCCUGCGAUCAGGCGGCUUUGUUCAAGGAACGCAUAGAGCUAUGCUCAGAACCGGCUGUUCUUGCACACGACGUCAGUUCCUGGUUCUGCAGCCGGCCAGAGAUCCUCCCAGACGAGAAAGGACGUCGUUUGCCGGUGGUUUCCGACAAGUAUGUCAGUGCCAGCGUCUUCGACGCUGUCCACAACGCCGUCAAGGCGGCUGUCCUAGGGAAUUACAUGCAUCAGCUCCUCGAGCGUUUCGAAAGCUUGAACCAAGAAGACAAAGCCCACCGGACUAUCCUGCUACAGGAGAUAGCCAACGCCGCCCAGCUCGCUUACGUCUCCGCCCAGGCCUUAUUCAAGCGGCAUAUUCAGUCGCAUUCGGGCAGCAAGUGGUACAAGCGGAUGUCUAAUGUGUAUGACAGCGUUGGCAACGCGCGUGUGAUGCUCAAAGGCAAUCCAGGCGACUUGACGCGAAGCGAUCCUCAACUUCACUACAUGCUCCGGCUCUGCCCCCCUGAUACCACUGCAGCCAAGGCCGUCGAUUGGCUAAAAAAGUUGGGCGAUCUUCAUCAGGCUCAUCCCGAAGAGCAGGAGAAACUGGUCGAGAGUGAGUUCGAGUCUCUUUGUGACCUGGCCACCACAGUCACCUUCAUCCAAGAUGUGACCAGUACAAUCUCAACGCCAGCUCCAUCCCGCAAAAAGGGGCAAUUGUUCGUCUCCAGGUCCCAAGAGCUGGAGAAAGAAUUGAACGAGCUCAAGACCGGCGUUGAUCUGAGGGACUUUGCCGUCCCUAUCGAGGACCUUCUAGAGCCGGGAAUGGCCGCCGAAGCUCUAGAGAACCUUAACCAGUUUAUGAUUGACAAUGCCGGUGCCAAGCUUGGUGUGCUUUACGAAGAUCUUGUUUUCGAAUGCUUCUCCGACCUUGAGAAUCAGUAUGAACAGUACAAGGUCAAGAUCGGCCAAGGCCAAAAGGAGUGGACGCCACUUCCGGUGCCUGCUCCCGAGCCGCGAGAAACUUUGGUAGAGCAGCGGAGGCAGAAGGAAAAGACUCGUCCGGCCCAUGUAUCUGCCUUUGAGGUCGGUCCUGAGGCAAAUGUGUCGACUACAGAGCCGGUCAUUGAAAAACAGACUUUUGAAGUCUCACCGGCGACUGCCGAGGUUUUCAACGCCCUCUUCAAGAAGUCAGAGUCCCGAGGUGCGGUGAACUGGACAGGUUUUGAAGGCGCUAUGGCCGAGAUCGGGUUUUCGGUCCUGCCCAAGUACGGCUCGGUUUUCACUUUCAUGCCGCCAGAUAGUAUGGCAGUAAAGAGGCCGUUCACCAUCCACCGGCCUCAUAAGUCUCAGAUUGAAGGGUACAUGACGCUGGUGUACUCUCGGCGGCUCGCGAGGGCGUAUGGAUGGGAUGAGAAGACGUUUUCAGUUGCGUGA